AUGGAACUAAAACCAGAAGACGUAUCGUUGUAUCUUAAAAGUAAUCCUUCAUUCUUAGAAAAUUAUGUUUGCAGUGCUUCUAUUACUAGGCAAACAUUUGAACGAUGGGUUCAUAGGAGAACAACAAUGAGAAACCGUAGACAGGGUAGUCUAACAAUUUCUAAUUCUAAUCUAAAAAUUGGUGGAGCAUGGAAUCCCGAAGAUAUAGGUAAAUGUAGAAAUUUUUUAGUUGAAAAUGCAUCACAACAAAUAAAUUUAAUGUAUGAAUUAGCUGUAAUAUGUGCACAGGAAUGUACCUCUGCUGAAGCUGUUGAAUUAGUUGUUCAUAAUGAAGAAGAUGGUAAUAGUUAUAGGGUAACAAAAGAAGAAAAUGAAAUAAGACUUAAAAAAAUAAAAAAAGUUAAAAAAAGUUAUGCUGCAGCAAGUUAUGUAUUACAAGUUUUUGAUUGUAAUGAAAUAAAAGAAGCACACUUAGCUGAUAUCUAUUUUUUUGGAAAUAAUUUUAAUGAUAAAGAUGUUCGUUUAGCAAAUAUUUUUGGAGCUUUAUUUGGUUCACUUUUUUAUUUUGGUAAAGGAAAUAAUAAAGAAAAAAUUAAAAGUGGUAUUGAAUCUUCUAUGUCAACAACAAGUUCACAAGAUUCUAUAGAACUUAUUGAAAAAAAUAGAAAAUUAACAAAAUUUUUAUUAGAAGUAGUAAAAUCAAUUUUUCAAGAAGUUGCUUCAAUGGAUACAUUAAUUAUAAAAAUUAUGAAUUUUGCUCAACGUCUUGUUGAUGCAGAUAGAGCUUCACUUUUUUUAGUUGACUCAAAAUCAAAAGAACUUUAUGCAAGAAUUUUUGAUGUUGGUGUACAAUCAGAGGAAGUUGAAAGUUUAGAAAAUCAUGGACAAAAAGAGAUAAGAUUUCCUAUUGGUAAAGGUAUUGCUGGAACAGUUGCACAAACUGGUAAAGGUUUAAAUAUACCUGAUGCAUAUAAAGAUGAAAGAUUUAAUCCUGAAGUUGAUUGUAAAACAGGUUAUCAAACAAAAAAUAUUUUAUGUAUGCCAAUUUUUAUAAGAAGAACUGUGAUUGGAGUUGUCCAAAUGGUUAAUAAACGUACAGGAGAAUUUACAAAUGAUGAUGCUGAUGCUUUUGAAACUUUUGCAAUAUAUUGUGGAUUAGCAUUACAUCAUGCAAAAUUAUAUGAUAAAAUAAGAAAAGAAGAACAAAAAUAUAGAGUAGCAUUAGAAGUUUUGACAUACCAUUCAUCUUGUAAUAAAGAAGAAGUUUCAAAAGUUAAAAAAUAUCAAGAAACUAUAGAAGAAAUACCAUCAGAAAUAUUAAAUUUUGAUUUUAAUAGUAUGACAUUAUCUGAAUUAGAAAAACCAGUCUUCGCAAUAAAAAUGUUUCAAAGAUUAUUUGGUGGAAGAAUUCGUUUUGAUCCAGAUGAUUUGAUAAGAUUUACUUUAACAGUACGUAAAAAUUAUCGAAAAGUUCCUUAUCAUAAUUGGCAACAUGGAUUUACUGUUGCUCAUAGUUUAUUUUUUUUACUUUAUUCUACAAAUAUAUUUCAACCACAUGAAGCUUUAGCUAUGUAUAUUGCUGCUAUAUGUCAUGAUCUUGAUCAUCGUGGUAAAAAUAAUGCAUAUAUGAAAACAAUGAGUACCCCAUUAGCAGCUAUAUAUUCAACAUCAGUCAUGGAACAUCAUCAUUUUAAUCAAACUAUAACAAUUUUACAACAAGAAGGACAUAAUGUUUUACGUUAUCUAAAUACUGAACAAUAUAAAGAAGCAUUAGGUUUAAUAAAACAUUGUAUCUUAGCUACUGAUUUAGCAUUAUUUUUUUCUAAUAAAGCUAAAUUAAGUAUUAUAAUUGAAAAUGAAAAAUUUAAUUGGAAUAAUAAUGAUUGUCGUGGUUUGGGGCAGGCAAUUAUAAUGACUGGAUGUGAUUUAAUUGCUUCAGCCAAACCAUGGCAAGUACAAUCAGAAACUGUUAAAGUAAUUUUUGAAGAAUUUUAUGAACAAGGUGAUGCCGAAAAAAUGAAUGGUCGUGAACCAAUUGCUAUGAUGGAUAGAGAUAAAUCGGGAGAGUUACCAGAAAUGCAAGUAGGAUUUAUGAGAGGAAUUUGUUUACCAUGUUAUGAAUUACUUGCUAAAAUAAUACCCGAAUGUAAGCAUUUAAAGGACAAUGCACUAUUUAAUACAUCAAAAUGGGAAAGUUUAGCAAAUGAUUACAAAAAUAAAAAGAAGGUAGAUGAAAAAAGUUAA